GGCUUGUCUGGGAGGUCUUCAGCAGCUGGCCCAGGGGCUCCCCACGAGCGAAAAUGAGGGGAGAGAAUGCAAGGCGGGACCUGCGAAAUCACCAGCAGAUGAGCCCAGACCAAAGAGCUCCGGUGGGGAAGCGCUGGCUGGUUGGGAAGCUUGGUUCCGGACACGUCACGAUCAUCACGGCUUGUUCCGGCCCUCCAAGACCACUAUUCAGACCGCCAUCACCUCCCCAACUUCCGCCUGCAGGGGUCCUGGGCAGCAAGGCCACUGGUAUGGGGGAGAGCCGGAUGCCAUGAAGCCAGCGAGGGCUGUCACUCUUUGGUGGAUGCUACUGCUGGUGUCCAGGCUGGGGGCCACCAGGAAGGAAUCCCUAGAAGAGGCCUCCUUCUACUAUGGAACCUUCCCACUUGGCUUCUCCUGGGGCGUGGGCAGUUCCGCCUUCCAGACUGAGGGCGCCUGGGACCAGGACGGGAAAGGGCCCAGCAUCUGGGACACCUUCACACACAGUGGGAAAGGGAAUGUGCUUGGGGAGGAGACUGCAGACGUGGCCUGUAACAGCUACUACAAGGUCCAGGAGGACGUCGCUCUGCUGAGGGAGCUGCACAUCAGCCACUACCGGUUCUCCCUGUCCUGGCCCCGGCUCCUGCCCACGGGUGUGCGAGCUGACGGAGUGAACAAGAAGGGAAUCCAAUUCUACAGUGACUUCAUUGACUCCCUUCUGAAGAGCAACAUCACCCCCAUCGUGACGCUGCACCACUGGGAUCUCCCACAGCUGCUCCAGGUCAAGUAUGGCGGGUGGCAGAAUGUGAGCAUGGCCAACUACUUCAGUGAUUACGCCAGCCUAUGCUUCGACGCCUUUGGGGACCGGGUGAAGCACUGGGUCACUUUCAGUGAUCCUCGGACAAUGGCAGAAAAAGGCUACGAGACGGGCCACCACGCACCUGGCCUGAAGCUCCAUGGCACGGGCCUGUACAAGGCGGCGCAUCACGUCAUUAAGGCCCAUGCCCAAGCCUGGCACUCCUACAACAACAUAUGGCGCAGCAAGCAGCAAGGUCUGGUGGGGAUUUCAUUAAACUGUGACUGGGGGGAACCUGUGGACAUUAGUAACCCCAAGGACAUAGAGGCUGCCGAGAGAUACCUACAGUUCUGCCUGGGCUGGUUUGCCAACCCCAUUUACGCCGGUGACUACCCACAAGUCAUGAAGGACCAUAUUGGAAGAAAGAGUGCAGAGCAAGGCCUGGCUAUGUCGAGGUUACCAGUGUUCUCACUCCAGGAAAAGAGCUACAUUAAAGGCACAUCUGAUUUCUUGGGAUUAGGUCAUUUUACGACUCGGUACAUCACAGAAAGGAACUACCCCUCUCGCCAGGGGCCCAGCUACCAGAACGAUCGUGACCUAGUUGAACUGGUUGACCCAAACUGGCCUGAUAUGGGGUCUAAAUGGCUACAUUCUGUGCCAUGGGGAUUUAGAAGGCUUCUCAACUUUGCUCAGACUCAAUAUGGCAAUCCACCCAUAUAUGUGACAGAAAAUGGAGCAUCUCAAAAAUUACACUGUACCCAAUUAUGUGAUGAGUGGAGAAUUCAAUACCUUAAAGGAUACACAAAUGAAAUGCUAAAAGCUAUCAAAGAUGGUGCUAAUAUAAAAGGGUAUACUUCCUGGUCUCUGUUGGAUAAGUUUGAAUGGGAGAGAGGAUACUCAGAUAGAUAUGGAUUCUACUAUGUCGAUUUCAACAAGAAAAAUAGGCCGCGCUAUCCAAAGGCUUCAGUUGAAUAUUACAAGAAGAUUAUCACUGCCAAUGGGUUUCCCAAUCCUCGAGAGGUGGAAAGUUGGUACCUCAAAGCCUUGGAAACUUGCUCUAUCAACAACCAGAUGCUUGCUGCAGAGCCUUUUCUAAGUUACAUGCAGAUCAUGACGGAGAUCAUGGUACCUACAGUCUGCACCCUCUGUAUACUAAUCGCUGCAGUUCUCCUGAUGCUUCUGCUGCGGAGCCUGAGCUGAGACAGGGUCAUCCAUUUUGUAGCUGCAUCUUUCACAGAGAACCUUUGGGAUCUCCUUCAGGAUCUUCCUCCUUUUUCUCCUUCGAAGGUUUAUAUACAUCUGUUUUCAGGUUCUGUGAUAAUUACCUUCCGACCACCUCUCUCUCUCUCUCUCUCUCUCUCUCUUUUUGGCUUGAGCUGGGAUUGAAGAAUUAGAAAAUAAAAAUAAGCAUAAAUGAAAUAAAAAUCACCUGUA